UAACGUUAUGUAAAUGUUCCACAUGAGAGCAGGUUAGAUGUUAUCAUAACUUACUGACUUGCUAGGCUAGUUUUUAUCAUUAAAAAAUGUAACUCUAACCCUAAAAAAAAAAUUGCCCUACUUAUCAGCACAUUGUAAAAUGUUUAAUGCAUUAGGCACUAUAGUAACCAUGUUUUAAGUACAGCAGAAGUGGUUCCACGUGUUGGCUUUUGUAAGAUAGUAUAAAAAUCAUUGCGUAUUCCUAUCUGGACUUGGUGUAGCAUGUCAAUUUUGAAAAGCCAUGUGCAAGUUUGAGAUUUUGAGAUUGGAACUCACGUGGAAAGCUUGGGGUAGCAAAAUAUUUUAAAAAAUUAUUCUCUGAUGGCCUGAAUGAUAAUGCUUUUAAGAGUACAUAAGCUUUGAAUUCCCUCUCUUUUUUAAACAGACUGUGAAGACUGCUGAGAGACAGUUUUGAUACAGUCAUAUAAGUGUAAUAAAGAAAUAUUGGUCCUCAUGGAAGAAGAACAAGAUUUACCAGAGCAACCAGUUAAAAAAGCCAAGAUGCAGGAAUCGGGAGAGCAAACUUUAAGUCAAGUAAGCAACCCUGAAGUCAAUGAUCAGAAACCUGAAACUUCAAGCCUUGCUUCAAACCUUACCAUGUCAGAGGAAAUUAUGACAUGCACCGAUUACAUCCCUCGCUCAUCCAAUGAUUAUACCUCACAAAUGUAUUCUGCAAAACCUUAUGCACAUAUCCUCUCAGUUCCUGUUUCGGAAACUGCUUAUCCUGGGCAGACUCAGUACCAGACACUACAGCAGUCUCAACCGUAUGCUGUCUACCCUCAGGCAACCCAAACGUAUGGACUACCUCCUUUUGGUGCAUUGUGGCCAGGUAUGAAACCUGAAAGUGGUUUAAUUCAGACUCCAUCUCCAAGUCAACACAGUGUUCUUACCUGCACUACAGGGUUAACCACAAGCCAGCCAAGCCCAGCACAUUAUUCUUAUCCCAUUCAAGCUUCAAGCACAAAUGCCAGCCUGAUAUCCACUUCAUCUACGAUUGCCAAUAUUCCAGCAGCAGCAGUUUCCAGCAUCUCAAACCAGGACUAUCCCACCUAUACUAUUCUUGGUCAGAGUCAGUACCAGGCCUGCUACCCUAGCUCCAGCUUUGGAGUCACAGGCCAAACUAACAGUGAUGCUGAGAGUACCACAUUAGCAGCAACCACAUACCAGACGGAGAAGCCUGGUGUCAUGGUACCUACGCCUGCAGCACAGAGACUUGCCUCUGGAGACCCUUCUACAAGCCCAUCUUUGUCCCAGACUACACCAAGUAAAGAUGCUGAUGACCAGUCCAGAAAAAAUAUGACUGGAAAGAACCGGGGCAAGAGGAAAGCUGAUGCCAGCUCUUCCCAGGACAGUGAAUUAGAACGGGUGUUUCUGUGGGACUUAGAUGAAACCAUCAUCAUCUUUCACUCCCUUCUUACUGGAUCCUAUGCCCAGAAGUAUGGAAAGGACCCAACAGUAGUGAUUGGCUCAGGUUUAACUAUGGAAGAAAUGAUUUUUGAAGUGGCUGAUACACACCUAUUUUUCAAUGACUUAGAGGAAUGUGACCAAGUGCAUGUGGAAGAUGUGGCUUCUGAUGACAAUGGCCAAGACUUAAGCAACUACAGUUUCUCAACAGAUGGUUUCAGUGGCUCAGGAGGCAGUGGCAGCCAUGGUUCCUCUGUGGGUGUGCAGGGAGGUGUGGACUGGAUGAGAAAACUGGCUUUUCGUUACCGAAAAGUGAGAGAAAUCUAUGAUAAGCAUAAAAGCAACGUGGGCGGCCUUCUCAGUCCCCAGAGAAAGGAAGCACUGCAGAGACUAAGAGCAGAAAUUGAAGUUUUAACAGAUUCCUGGUUAGGUACUGCAUUAAAGUCCUUACUUCUCAUCAAGUCCAGGAAGAAUUGUGUGAAUGUUCUGAUCACUACAACCCAGCUGGUUCCAGCUCUGGCCAAGGUUCUCCUAUAUGGACUUGGAGAAAUAUUUCCUAUUGAAAACAUCUAUAGUGCUACCAAAAUUGGUAAAGAGAGCUGCUUUGAGAGAAUUGUGUCAAGGUUUGGAAAGAAAGUCACGUAUGUAGUGAUUGGAGAUGGACGAGAUGAAGAAAUUGCAGCCAAACAGCACAACAUGCCUUUCUGGAGGAUCACAAACCAUGGAGACCUAGUGUCCCUCCACCAGGCUUUGGAGCUUGAUUUUCUCUAAGAACUGGAAUGAAGAGCCUUCCCCAUGAGCUGCUUUUCACUCCUAAAAGGAGCUGGAGACCGGAACCGACUGGGAACUCUCUUUCUCUGUGGAAUGCUGGCGAGAACACAAUCAGAACCAACAGCUGCAAGGGAUGAAGCUUAUUUUUGCUAAGAGUGAGCUGCAGCCCCAUGUUCAUCCUCGUGCAGAAGCAGGAGACAAUUAGAUUGAGAGAACAGUAGACUCACUGAAGCUACAGUGCUUUUAAUUCUUGUGUUUUUUGUUUUGUUUAUUUUGUUUCAAAAAAAUGAAGAAAAAAAACAAAAGGAAAUUCUUGGGGCAGAGUUGCACUCUUCGUCCAUAACCUGAUUGAGAACUGCUGUUAACUUGUGGUGAUAGGAUAAAUGUGGCAGACUUUUGUAAUAACAUCUCUUGCAGUCUUUAUAAUCUCCUUAGCUGUAGAACAUAUUCCCAGUGAAUGUGUAUGUAAUUUUUAUAGGUAAGGGUCUGGUCUCUGAAGCAGGUUUUUCCUCCUUUUUCUGUCAAGAAAGGGGUGUGUAAAGUUUCCUUGGAAAAUAAUAAUUGAAAUGUCUAGAAUACCUCUCUGUGACAGUAGCACCUCUUUAGCUGCUCCAGUGUUCUGCUGUCUAGGAUGGUUUCUCUCCUGUUCUUCCAUCUCCAAGUUUGCUGAACUGUGGGGCACUGGACACUGAUUAACUUUCGACUUUGGUAUUUCUCAUCCUAGAAGCCUUAGUCCCCUUUGUAAUCCCUCUUCCCCUUUAACCAAAUGGCACAAUCCUGGAAACUCCUUCUCUUAGACAGUAAAUGCUGAGCCUUCAGCGUGACUCUUUUAUUCAAAGACUAUGUCCCAGGGGCUUACCUCUAAACUGGAGAUAAUGGACUAAGGCUUCUUGUGAAUUACCGCUUCUUUGGUUCUCAAAACAGGAAGAUUCCACCUUUUUCUCCUGCAGAGAAGCACUCGUCCCCCAACAGAUGCUCACCCUACAGCCUUCUCUUCCUUCUUAGUCAUCAGUGUAGGCUCCUGUCCCAUUCCUGCCCUGCAUAUCUCACAGUGACCUCCAUGCAGCUCUGGCCAAUCCCUUUGGACCCAAGAAGUCUAAAUUAAGUCUAAGAACAGGCUCAUAACUACAUUUGGUCAACCAAUGUAGUUGACUUCCUUUGAAGCCCAUAAGCCCUAUGAAGGGUCUUCUAGGCAUAUAUUUACCCAGGUCUCUGUCUGAAACUGAAGAAGAGAUUGCUGUGAUCAAAACCCAAUUUUCCCAUGGUACACCCUUCCCACUUCUCAAAUCUAAAAUGGAAAACCAGAAGCCAGAAAGGCUUUCCUGUUUUAAAUGAAGUUGCGAGGUCCCCUACUCACUUAAUCCUGGGCCAAAUGCAGGAACAUUUCCCAGCCUGACCUCUGGGAAGACUGGUAGGUGCCAGGUAUACUAGUCCCAGCCUUCUAGCCCAACUGUGUUUGUGGAUGCUCCAUCCCUCGAAGACCAGCCUGGGCAUCUGCUCAGGCUGGAUAAACUUCCCUGGAGCUGAGUAAGUUCAGCCUGGCCCAGGCUGCACCUCAGAGAGGUGUAGUCUAGGUUCUCAGUAGGAGGCAUCCUUGACCAACCCCACCUAUACUUGCUUGUCCCCAAAGAUUCUGCAUAUUCAUUUCUAGGGAUGUUGUAGCACAAAGAGGCCAUACUCCUCCCAAGGCCAGGUCACUCAUAUAGCAGAGAAAGGCUGUUCAUACACAUUCCUUCAUAACUGAUUGAGAAACUGCUUCAUGACACAAUUUUAGGGAAGAGGCCUUUGGAGAGGAGCUGAAGUCAGUGCCCAUUACUUAGCUGCUGCUUUGGCCUUGUUUCCAUUGGUUGGGGGGGAUUAUGUAGCCUGAGGCAGACCUUGCCUUGGUCUGAGUUCAACACAGUUGCCCAGAUGUUGCUCUGCCUUGAUUGACAAUUGAUCUUAGAAAGCUCUAGGGUGGGUCUUUUCUUCCAGGCCCCAAGCCCUCCACCUACCAGCAGUGUAACUGUUGGUUUCCUGCCCUGGACAUAGGCCACCCGAUUGGUGCUGUGCUUCAGGCUUGUGAGACUGGAGUGGUACCCCCAUCAUGUACCCAGGUCCACAUACAAACCCCUCCCUCUCCCUGCCCUUUGGGAGAAGCUCUUUAUUCCUAUAAUAUGACUUGGACCCCUUUUUCAGUUAACUUUUCCCUCCUGCCCUGACUGCCCAGCCUGGGUCUUUGGUAAAAGAACUUGAAAUUGACCAAGAGGUGAAGAAGCUCUGAGCAGAGCAGCCUUUGCUGUUUUCUGGUUGUUGCCACCCUCAUUUAGAGGUUCAGGCAGAAAAUGGGACCUGGCUCCUCUUUGCCAAAAUGAAUUGUCCAGGGAACAGUCCUCUUCUUUUACCCUGUGUUUUCCUCCUCCCAGAACAAAGAUCUGGAAAGGAAAACAAGUGGGUAGCACCAAGAGCUCUUAGAAGCUGGGGGCCCAAGGAUAGUGGGGGUCCUUUCGUCAAGAUGGAAGCCCUCUUUACUAGAAAAAGUCCCCAUGAGAUAAGCCACAUGAUGAAUCCUUCCCCCAGGUGGAGGUGGGGUUCUAUAGUAUGGGUCUGCACAUUUUGUGUUGAGGACUAUCUCUAGUAAGGGAUCUGGAGUUUUCAAGUGUGUCCUGGGUUUAAGAGAUGGCUUGACUCUCGAAUGUAAAACUGACUGUGCCUUAGCAUCACCCUGUCCAGUGCCCCUGGGGCAGCUGGUGGUGUCCAGGAGAAUGGUUCCUGCUCCAGAUUUAGAUACUUUUAUUUGGUUGGGGUGUUCCUGUCUUCUGCUCUGCAAGUUGGGGGGUGGGGGUGGGGCAAAGCUAGUAUCCCAGGAGACUUGUGCCACAGCUUGUUCGCAGUUUACACAAACUCAUCUUUAAAGCUCCCAAGUAGAAUCUGACUGGCAAACUCCAGCUGCAGCAUACGGAGCUUCUAGAUGUCCACUCCUUUGAAUGGGUGUCAGUGCCGCUGAAGCAUGGGAGAGAGGAGAAGCAGGGCAGAGCUAUUCUUCUCCUGGGAGAGGGAUGGCCUAAGCCCAGGGGUGGUGAACUUGGGGCGUUCCUCUCACUCCUGCAGGAAGGGACAAGUAGGACCCCUCUUAAGCAAGUUCCUGUUUCUUACCACUAAAUUGGUUUCCUUUUUCAUCCAAAAGUUGGAACUCCCCAGAUUCACACUAUACAAGCCAAAUCUGAAUUCUGAGGU